AUGGCAAUCAACUGGCAAACUUACCAGGCAGACAAUGUCUGGGACGAACUCAUUGCACCCAACGGGCGCGCCCGCAAAGGUGGUGCAGCCCUGAAAAGCGCGCUGGGCAAACUCGACGACAACGAAUUGUUGGAGCGCCGCCACGCGGCAGAGCUGGCAAUACGUUCCAUGGGUAUCACAUUUACCGUGUACUCCGGAGAGGGCAGCGACACCAUAGAUCGGGAGUGGCCUUUCGACAUCAUUCCCAGGCUUGUCAUGAAGAGCGAGUGGGAUGAAAUAACAAAAGGCCUUAUACAACGUGUAAAAGCCCUUAACCUGUUCAUCGACGAUAUCUACCACAAGCAGCAAAUUCUGAAAGACGGCGUGUUGCCAAGGCAAUACAUCGAUAAAUCCAAAGACUUCCGCCCGGAGUGUAUGGGCGUAUCCCCGCCACAGGGUAUGUGGGCGCAUAUUUGUGGCAGCGACCUGGUGCGCGGCGGUGACGGCACCAUGUAUGUGUUGGAAGACAACUUGCGUGUGCCUUCCGGCGUAUCUUAUAUGCUGGAAAAUCGCGAAGUCAUGAAACGUGUGUUUCCGGAACUGUUUUCCGACUACCUCAUUCAUCCGGUAGACGAUUACCCCACAGAACUGGCCAAGUGCCUGCGUUCACUCAACCCUAACAGCACCCGUUCACCGCAGUUAGCUGUACUGACACCCGGCAUCUAUAAUUCGGCCUAUUUUGAGCAUGCUUAUCUCGCUAACGCGAUGGCCGCUGAACUGGUUGAAGGUCGCGACCUGGAAGUGGGUAAAGACGAUUACCUGUACAUGCGCACUAUCCAGGGCCUGGUGCGUGUGGAUGUACUGUAUCGACGCAUCGAUGAUUCUUUCCUCGACCCGGAAGUGUUCAACCCCGAAUCUGCACUUGGUGUACCGGGUAUCAUGCGCGCCUGGCGCGCUGGCAAAGUAGCACUCGCUAAUGCACCCGGCUGCGGCGUCGCGGAUGACAAAGUCAUCUACACCUACGUGCCCGACAUGAUCAAAUAUUAUCUGGGCGAAAAAGCACUGAUUCCGAACGUGCCCUCAUAUCGUUGUGUUGAAAAGGAACACCGCGACUAUGUACUGGACAAUCUCGACAAACUUGUCGUCAAACCCGCCAAUGAAUCAGGCGGCUACGGCAUGCUGAUUGGGCCGAAAGCCAGCAAGAAAGAGCGCGAUCAGUUCGCUCGACAGAUUCGCGCGAAUCCACGUAAUUACAUGGCGCAGCCGAUGUUGAAUCUAUCGACAUCACCCACCUUAAUCGACGCCAACGCGGAACCUCGGCACCUUGACCUGCGGCCUUUUAUCCUCAGCGGUGCAGAUCACUAUGUCACCACGGGCGGGUUAACACGCGUGGCCAUGCGCAAAGGUUCUAUCGUGGUGAACUCGUUGGUGUCCGUCAAUGCCAAUCUGAUGAUCGAUCUGCCCGCACUCCUGCCUUUGGGCUGGAUGCCGCUGGUCGAAAUUCUCAGUCAGGAAGAAGAAUAUCUGGCCCUCUACGGUGACAGGAAGUUAGACCCUAAAAGCGCCUCUAAUCGCAGCGCAAGGGAAACCAACGAAAAGAGUGUUGUUAAAUUUCUGCUCAGCGAUCAACGCAACCCCGGCUCGCUGCUCAACGCCCUGGCGUUCGCCCGGGAAAACGCACGCACGCUGCGCGGCAGUUUUCCCAGAGGUGCAUACGAGCACAUCAACGAAGCCUACCUGUCCGCAAAAGACCUGCUGCAGGAGCCUCUGAGCCGCUCCCGGCGCAACACUGGCUUGCAGGAAAUUAUUGGCCACCUCGAUCAGAUUAACGGCUUUUUAUCCUCAACCAUGCUGCACAAUGCCAGCUGGCAGUUUUAUCGUCUGGGCAACUUCAUCGAGCGCGCCGAUAUGACUACGCGCCUGAUCGAUCUGCGCACCACCAACCUGGUAGAAAGCGCAUCCGACCUUGAGCCGUUCACAAUCAUCCAGUGGCGCAGCGUACUAAAUUCGUUGGAUUCCAUGCAGAACUACACCAUCAGCAUGCAGAACCCGGUCAACCAGGAAGACGUUCUCGAAUUCCUGCUGAAAAACGACGACCUGCCGCGCUCGCUGAUGCGCUGCCUGAAUACCGUGCGCAACUGCCUGCGACAGCUGCCCAACAACACCGAACCACUGGAGCUGGUUAACAACAUGCGCCGCCAGCUGCAGCGUGCUCGUGUACGCCUGGCAUUUGAAGAAGUUAAGGCCCCGCCGACGCAGAAAGACGAUAAUCUCGCGCGCACGCCGAUGGGCAAGAUGCCUUCGAUUGGCGUAGACGGGAAAUAUCUAUCUGAAUCCCUGGCCAUCGCGCAGUACCUGGAUGCCAUUGCACCGAAGCCUGCGCUGCUACCCAGCGAUCCCUGGCAAGCGGCAAAGGUCAUGGAGCUGGUGUAUCACAUCAAACUUGACGUUGAGCUGGUUGCUCGUCGCUGCCUACCGGAGGCACUGUUCGGUCAGACCGUCAGCGAGGAGACCAAGACCAGUACUCACGCCGAUCUGCAGCGUGGCCUGGCAGCCGUCAAUCGUAUUAUUGUCUGUGAUCCCUAUGCGGCCGGAAGCACACUGACCCUGGCCGACUAUUAUCUUUACUUCUGCUACGGGCUUGCUGAUGUCAUCACCCAGAAGAUGUUCAACGAAAGUAUCAUCGCGCAAAACCCGGAUAUCGCUGCAUUGAUGCAGAAGCUUGCCGCACACCCGAGCAUUGCCCGGGUUGAAGCUGAAAAGGUUCAGGCGAAAGAAAUUCCGACUGCUAAACCUGAAUCUGUGGGUAUGUCCAGCGAACGUCUGGCCCGCAUCAGUAAGGCUAUGCAGGGUUAUAUCGAUGAGGACCUGACGCCCGGCGUCAUUACUGCAAUUGUCCGCAAAGGCAAACUGAUCCAUUUCGAAACCCACGGUGACAUGGACGUCGAAGCAGGCAAAGCCAUGCGCGAAGAUGCCAUCUUCCGUAUCGCCUCCAUGACCAAACCCAUCACCUCUGUGGCGCUGAUGAUGUUAUGGGAAGAAGGUCAUUUUCAGUUACGCGACCCGGUCUCUAAAUUCAUUCCAGCCUUCGCGGACGUCAAAGUCAGCACAACGGGUGAUGCCAGUGGUGCAACAGGUGAACUGGUGGAAUUGAAACGCCCCAUCCAGAUCCGUGACAUGCUCACACACACCGCCGGCCUGGCCAACAGCUACGUCGGCAACACAGAAGCUUAUCGAGCCGCUAUGGGCGGGGAACCGACACGCGACAACGCCCAUCUGAUGGAAAAACUGGUGCAAAUUCCACUGAACUAUCAACCCGGCGAGGCCUGGCAAUAUUCAGUAGCUACCGACGUCGUCGGGCGACUUGUCGAAGUGAUCAGCGGCCAGACGCUGGACGAGUUCUUCAAAGAACGCAUUUUCAAACCGCUGGAUAUGCCUGACACACACUUUUACAUGGACGAGGACAAAGCCGCACGUCUAACAGCCCAAUACACACCGGGUGAAGACAUGAAAAUCACCCUGCAGGACCCGGGCUCCGCAGAGAGCCGAUGGAUAACUGGUCCUAAGACGUUGUUUCGUGGCGCUGGCGGACUCGCCUCAACUACCCGCGACUACCUGCGUUUCCAGCAGAUGAUGCUAAAUGGUGGGGAACUCGAUGGCACCCGGCUGUUAGCGCCAAGCACAGUCAGCCUGAUGCUGGAGAACCACACCGGUGAUCUCGACCUGUGGCUGGCCGGGCCGGGAAUGUCUUUUGGUCUGGGUUACGGUGUUGUCACCGAUCGAGGUGCCGCUGCUACACCGCUGUCUGAAGGUUCAGGCUACUGGGGUGGCGCGUACUGCACUUUGUCCUGGUUAGACCCCGAACAGGAACUGGUGGGCGUUAUUAUGACUCAGGUUCGUCCCUAUACGCAUAUCAACAUUCGCCAGGAUUUUCAGGUGCUGACUUAUCAGGCGAUUAUCGACGACUAG